CGACAUCCAGGCAGCGGAACCAGGACCUCCAGCAGCAGUCAUGUAAGAACAAACCCGAAACAAAAUGGAGUAGAGGAUAAUGUGCCUCGGCAGCUGUCGCCAUCAUGUUCCCGGGAGUCUUCUAUGCAUUGCUGGCGGGUUUCCUCGGAGCCGUGGCGUCGUCGUCGGCCAAACUGUCCCUCGGAGCCGACUACCUGAAGGGGGUCUGUGAAACCGGACUCCGGACGUGGGGGGAGCAGAGGAAAUUCAGACAAGAGGACGAAACUACAGCCUGCGACCGGCUCCACAUCCCUCUGAGGCUGCUGUGUGGCGGACUUCUUUUCACCUGCAACGCUGUGAUGUGGACCUUCCUCGCCAAAGCUCUCAGGUACUCCUCUUCCUCCACCCGGACCACUGUGACCACCACUGCCUCCAACUUCAUAUCUUCCGCUUUCCUGGGCCAGCUGCUCUUCGGGGAGCCCCAGAUAACACUGUGGUGGGUUGGGAUCUCUCUGACCUUCUCUGGUCUCUUGGUCCUGCAGAGGGUUUCGCCGCAGGAUCGACGCCAGAACGCAGUCCAUGCAAAGGACGAAUAACUCGUCUCCUUGUGUCGCGCUUCGGCUAGCACCUCCUCUGAUUUCACACGGAGCCAAAAACGAGUAAAAUCUGAAAACAGCCGCUGAGUGUAAUACGAUAAGCUCUUAACUCUGCGGCGAAAGAACAAAAUUAAUU